UGGCCGCCGAGCCGCUGCGGGAACUCUUUCUGCAGGUCGGGGAAGUUUACAGUAACGAUGAAGCUGGCAGCGUACUGACCCAGGCUCUGUGACCUCAUCAUCAUCGCCGCGGCAACGGGAAGACGAUGGACUCCUCCAAUAGCAGCGGCCGGCAGCCCAGCUCGGUGUCUUCAAGCCAGUCCCACGAAUACAAGCUAGUGAUGCUGGGGGAGGGAGGGGUGGGCAAGAGUGCGAUAAUCAUGCAGUUCAUCAGCCACAGGUUUCCAGAGGAUCACGACCCCACCAUCGAGGAUGCUUAUAAAACCCAGAUCAGAAUCGACAAUGAGCCAGCCAAUCUGGACAUACUGGACACUGCUGGACAGGCUGAGUUCACUGCGAUGAGGGAUCAGUACAUGCGCGCUGGCGAGGGCUUCAUCAUCUCCUACUCCAUCACAGACCGGCGCAGCUUCCACGAGGCGCGCGAGUUCAAGCAACUCAUCCACCGCGUGCGCAGGACUGCCGACACGCCCGCUGUGCUGGUGGGGAACAAGUCCGACCUGCAACACCUGAGACAGGUGUCGCGGGAGGAGGGGCAGGGGCUGGCGCGGGAGUUCCAGUGCCCUUUCUUCGAGACCUCGGCCGCGUUCCGCUUCUUCAUCGAUGAUGUGUUCGUGGCGCUGGUGCGGCAGAUCCGCCAGCGCGAGAAAGAGGCUGUGAUCGCCAUGGAGAGGAAGAGCCGGCACCACACCUCAAUCUGGAAGAGACUCAAAUCCCCGUUCAGGAGGAAAAAAGACUGAGCCGGGAGCACGCACUGUACCCACGCACUGUCUCUCUCACACACUGUACCCACACACUGUCUCUCUCACUGUACCCACGCACUGUCUCUCUCACACA